AAUUUGCGCGUUCGCCUCCCGUCGACUCGAGUCAAAAAUCGGAUUUCGGAAUCGGUCCUGGCUGGAGUUGUUCUGUUCGCAGUAUCACGUUUGCGCUUGGCUUUCCUUUUCGCUAUUACCCGUCGGUCGAUCCUCCCGUUUGGUAGCCUUGUGUGUACGUUCCGUUCCUAACGUCGGUAGCGAGUUUCCUGUCAAUCCCGACUCGGAGGCAGAAUCGGUGCUGUGUUAUAAUUCCGCGAUACGACGACGCGUUCCCCACUGUGUGGUCCAGCCGUUCGCUCAUUUGCGUUCCAGUAGUGCUUCGGUGCGGUACGGGUUUUCCGCUUGUCAGCGGUCUUUGGUUCGUGUGAGUGUGCUGUGUACCACUUAACUACCUAUAAUAGUAGUCAGUCUCCUCCUAUCAACAGGAUAGGCAGAAGAAGCCGUCGAUUUGUGUAAUUUUUUCGGAAGGAAAUUUGCCUGCUGGUGAAUUUUAUUUAUCGGUCGCGGUCUGUGAGGGGGUGAUAUCUGCGCGGGAAACAAUACAAUUUCCCAUCAUUGUUGGAAACAGGAGUGAGCUGGAACAAAACAAGUGCUUGCCAACUGAAGGUUGUGUUUAUGUUCGGUUUGAUAAGGCGCGAUAAGUGAAAAAGUUUGGAAAAAGUAGAUCACCAUAAUUGGCGAAAACCAAGUGCCGGUGUGUGCGAGUGUGUGUGUGUGUGUGCGGUGCGCGCAAUACUCACUCAGUUUGGUGCCGAAGAAGCCGGCUGUGGGAAAGAAAAGCAAUCCGUUGCAACCCGAAGAGCAAGUGAUACGAAAGCAAAGAAGCGAGUAGCAAAACAAACCGCGCAACCGGUUGGCAGUUUUUCCAACCCCCUAAAGGAGAAGAAAGCGAAAGAGCCGGAUAGAGUGUGUGAAAAAUGGCGGAAGCCGCCGGUCAGAAUAACAACGCCAACGGUGCCCAGGCCGGGCAAGCCCCCGGCGUCGGUGGGGGUGCAAAUUCCAACAACGGCGUCACGAAUACCAACCCCAACGCGGAGGUCAUCCGCGGUCAGUUGUUCGAAGUGGGACCACGCUACCAGCAGCUGGCCUACAUCGGCGAGGGAGCCUACGGAAUGGUUGUAUCUGCCGUGGACACCGUGACAAAGACAAAGGUUGCCAUCAAAAAAAUAUCCCCCUUCGAGCAUCAGACCUACUGUCAGAGAACGUUACGGGAAAUCAAAAUUCUCACCCGAUUCAAACACGAGAACAUCAUAGACAUAAGAGAUAUCCUGCGGGUGCCUAGUAUAGAACAGAUGAAAGAUGUAUAUAUUGUUCAGUGUUUAAUGGAGACUGAUCUAUACAAACUUCUGAAAACACAGAGACUUAGUAACGAUCAUAUCUGCUAUUUCCUGUACCAAAUUCUGCGUGGUCUCAAAUACAUCCACUCGGCGAACGUGCUGCACCGGGAUCUGAAACCGAGCAACCUGUUGCUGAAUACGACUUGUGAUUUAAAGAUUUGUGAUUUCGGUCUCGCACGAGUAGCUGACCCGGAGCAUGACCACACCGGCUUCCUGACGGAGUACGUCGCCACCAGAUGGUACCGUGCACCGGAAAUCAUGCUCAAUUCCAAGGGAUACACCAAGUCCAUCGACAUCUGGUCGGUGGGUUGCAUACUGGCCGAGAUGCUCAGCAACCGGCCCAUCUUUCCCGGCAAGCACUACCUGGACCAGUUGAACCACAUUCUGGGCGUGCUCGGUUCGCCCUCGCAGGAGGAUCUGGAGUGCAUAAUCAACGAGAAGGCCCGCAGCUACCUGCAGUCGCUGCCGUACAAACCGAAGGUCCCGUGGUCCCGGUUGUUCCCCAAUGCCGAUCAGAACGCACUGGACCUGCUCGGCAAGAUGCUCACCUUCAACCCGCAUAAUCGAAUUUCGGUCGAGGAAGCCCUGGCGCACCCGUACCUCGAGCAGUACUACGAUCCCGCCGAUGAGCCCGUAGCCGAGGAACCAUUCCGCAUCGCCAUGGAACUGGACGACCUACCCAAGGAGACAUUGAAGCGAUUAAUCUUUGAGGAAACGCUACGAUUCAACCACAACGAUAACCUCCCGGAUGGAAUGUAAUUUCCUGGCUGAGGGUCCCGCCGCUGCACCUGGUUCUCACUUCCACACACAUACACACACAAACGCUUUAAAGGAAGCAUUUUCUUUAACUAACUCCCCCUUCCCCUCCUUUCCCACCCGCACCACCAACAACACUACCGGUUGUGCACAGUGGAUAUUGUUUCCUUCCCGGUCUAUGUCCUUAGUCCUAUUUUUGCAUGAAGCUGUAUGUUGCUGAGUCAGCAAUAAGUAGACUGUGUGAGAGGUAAAAUUCAACCUCGCCUACUUAUCGGUGGCAAACACAAAAACAAAAGAAAAUUAGGCCGUUUCACACAUCACCCCUCUUCUAGAAAACAAAAAAAAAAUCCUAUUCCCCUUCCUUCCACUGUUUAAGGGUUAAGCAUUAAUACAUACACACACAUGUUACGAAUAGUCUAGCAGUUUAUCAAAUCACACUAAUUUUACGUUCAAACUAAGCAAGCAAAAAAAAAAGUCAAAGAAUGUAAGCCAAUCAACUUUUCAAAAUAGUGAUAAGGUGUAUAAAUUGCGAUUUCGUUCGUAAUGAUUUUUAAUCCAUUGAUCAUCGGGGAAAACGGUAACGAAGACGUUUUCCCUGCCAGUAUCCAUUUUUAUUAGCAAGCAACAACUGUUAGCAAUAAUUUUUCCUAUGCAAGAAUAAGGAUUAGUUAAACUUUCUUUUCUAUUUUUGUUUUAAACGGAAAGGCAAAUAUUUCGUUGCAAUCCAAGUAUCCAAAUUAUUUUAGAGAAAUUUAUGAAAGCAAAUAUGUUUAACUUUGAAAGCAAAAGCGGUUAAAAUAAUAAAGAAAAAAAAAAUGCAAAUAGUUAAACCAAAAACAAAAAAAAAAAAAACAUCUAAUGAAACAUUUAAGAAAGAUGUGUGUAUAGGAAGAACUACGUAAAUAAUUGAAAUUCUGAUUUCCUGCGCCUAAUUGUUGACUGUUUUAGGGGAAGAAGAAAACUUGUAAGAUAUUUCAAAGCACUACUUACUCAUAAUCCACGUAUUUCUCAUAAACUGCAUGCGAUUCCUUUUGCGGAUUAUUAUUCUUGAUUGUACAAGCAAAUCAGUACCACACCAUUUGAACCAGACAGGAACAGUUAGGAAGAUGUAGGAGAAGCAUAAGAAGAAGGAGAAGAAAAAUUGUGUGUUUUCCGAGAAUGUAUUUACAAAAAAAAAACAAGAGUUUGACGUUGCAUUACAGUGUAGAAGAAAUUGUAAGUUUUUAACGCUCUAAAGUACACAAGUACGAACUCGUUGUUCAUUAACGUAAUUUUUCUUCCAUGUAAUUGUGAAUAUGUGUAAAAUUUAUCAGACACACAAACACGCUCAGAUUAUUUCGUUGUUUACCAAUUGUGUAAAAACAGAAUCCUCUAUUAUCGUAAUUGAAACUUUUCCGUUCGAAACAUUGAUAACGGAUUUAUAAUAGCUUCAUUUUUUUGGUUUUACGGUUUUCUGUGUGUCCUUUUUUGCCAUAGCCUAAAAAUUGAGCGGCAUGAACGUAGAUUAAUAAAAUGGGCAAUGUUUUUGGAUUAAAGGCUUCAGACAGUCUUUGUUUUCGCUUCCAAAAUGAUUGUUAUCGAUGCAUAGGAGAUACAUUUAUCUUUUCGAUCAGCAUUUGCGUAUGUACGUAUGGAUAAUCCAUCAGACUUUUGAAAAGCCUUUUACUGCAGGCAGCUAUCGAGGAUCGAGGAUGCUUUUUUUGAGGUGGAGAGUUGUGUGUUGGAGUUCGGUUGAUUUUAAUUCUUUUCAUUUCGAGUAAUUUGUCAUUUCAUCACCCAGAUUUUCAAUCACUUCCCCUGAAUGGGAUCGAAACAAUCAUCCAAUUUGAAUGAUGCGUCCAAUUUGUUGCAAAAACAAGGUCAACUGGAUGUUUACGAAGAACUUAUCUAUCAGCAGAAUUCGGUGCACAGUGGGACGAAAUCAAAAUGCGAUGCGAUGAAACUAUUGAGUUUAGGAUUUUGAUGUCUUCUAGAAUGUUUCUUCAUUUUUUGAGAACUUUAUUUGAGUGGUGACAUUUUUUGAUUAAAACGGCGCCGGUGGUGUAGUGGUAAGCGUGAUUACCUCUCACCCUAGCAGGCCUGGGUUCAAUCCCAGUCGGCGCCGCCGGGAUGUUCUGAGGCAUAACAUCUCUGAUCACGCCUUCCUUCGGAAGAGAAGUAAAGCCGUUGGUCCCCAACAAACAAGGAAAAAUAGUU